AUGGCACAAUAUCUUGCUGCAAUAGUGAAGAGGAAGAAAGUUCCAGUAACCAUAAAUCUAGCCGUCGGUAUUGGCUGGGUGCCGAGAUUAGUCUACAGAUAUGUAGCUCCUCAUCAAAAUUCCCAACAUCAUCCUUUUCUGGUAGUUGCUAGUGGAUUAAUGGGUGAGCGUGUGUCAAACAUUUGA